AAUAUGUCAUUGAUGAGACAUAUCAAUGUUUUCUAAUUGGUUUUCUUUUUUAUUAAAAAUAAGGUUUAAAUGUUAAUUAUUAAAUAAGUUUUGUUUUACUAUGUCUACCAAUAAUUUAUCCUCUGUAAUGAAGUCUUGUUCGGAGAGUGAACUUAUCAAUGAAGUUUCUGAUGCUGCUAUGACACCAAAGCAAGUGGAAGGCUCCCGACUAAAGCGUACUUUUACACUGCCUCGAAAUCCAUUUGGAACAGCAAAGCCUACUUCCAGUAAGAAUAAGGUCCAUGACACUGAAAGCAAGCCUACGAGUGCUUCUUCCAUAGCCAGUGAGCCUCAGAAAGAUGAAGGUGGUAUUGAAAGGAAGUUGUUCAGAAGGCCGUCUUGGAAAAGAUUUUUAAAUAAGAUAGCCCAACAUAUGAGCACUGUUAACGUUUCCGGAGUCAAGUCACCCCCAGCAGUCAUGAAUGGUGAGCGCGUUCCUUGCAGCGGGGAUCCUCCAUGGCCACCGGGAGCCACUCCUGCUGCCACGGGUAUCAAAAACCAUGGAAAUACAUGUUACAUGAAUGCUGUACUACAGUGCCUUUCGCAUACUGAUGUUAUCGCCGAAUAUUUUGUAUUAGAUCAUUAUAAGGUGGAUCUCCAAAAACGUAAUAAAAUAAAUUCUAAGAAAUAUGGAACUCGUGGAGAAGUUACUGAGCAAUUGGCAGCUUUGCUGAAAGCUUUAUGGGCUUGCCAUUACACACCUGAUAUGAGCACUAUGUUUAAGGGAGCUGUUGAAAGGCAUGGAACUCAGUACAGAGGCAAUAGUCAACAUGAUGCACAAGAAUUUUUGUUUUGGUUGCUAGAUAAGGUUCAUGAAGACUUGAACACAGCUACGAAGAAAAAAUAUAAGACAAUCAAAAACACCUGUGGUAAACCAGAUGAAGUUGUAGCUGCAGAAACCUUGGCAAACCAUGCUCGGAGAAAUAGUUCAUUUGUUCAAGCUGUGUUUCAGGCACAGUACAGGUCAGCUCUGACGUGUGCCAAGUGCGAGCGCACGUCUUGCACAUUCGACCCAUUUCAUUGCGUCAGUGUGCAGCUUCCUUCGAGGCUCGCGACAGUGCAACCAUCACCACUACCUGUCAAUGUAGUGUACGUGAAUCAGCAGCCUCGCCAAGUGCGUAUCGGUGUAGAGUUGACACCGACCGCCACGAUGGACGACCUGCGGACGACACUGCACACCGACACCGGUAUCGAUCGGGACCACAUAAUACUCGCCGAAAUUAAUGAAACAGGAUGGUGUAACGCACGAGCCGGCUGGGAGGUCGCAGGCAUGGACUUCGGCGCUCUGUAUUGCAUGGAAGCACCGCCCCUUCUUCAGACACCCACCACACCGUAUCUACUCAUACUUUGGGUCAAUCUACUUGACGGCGAACGAUUCGGUUCGCCGUACGCAAUGCAAGUGCCCCGCGAGAUCUCUUACGAGGAUCUACAGAAGUUAAUGCUGAAGGAGAUGAGCCAGGUCAUCGCCGAGCGCGUGCUGGAGGACGCGCAGGCCGCCGACAUCUUCCGCGCGCGCAUCGCCGAGGCGCACCGCCCGCGUGACCCCGCCUACCUGCAGCCCGAGUUAAUGCUGAAGGAGAUGAGCCAGGUCAUCGCCGAGCGCGUGCUGGAGGACGCGCAGGCCGCCGACAUCUUCCGCGCGCGCAUCGCCGAGGCGCACCGCCCGCGCGACCCCGCCUACCUGCAGCCCGAGCUGAUGCUGAAGGAGAUGAGCCAGGUCAUCGCCGAGCGCGUGCUGGAGGACGCGCAGGCCGCCGACAUCUUCCGCGCGCGCAUCGCCGAGGCGCACCGCCCGCGUGACCCCGCCUACCUGCAGCCCGAGUUAAUGCUGAAGGAGAUGAGCCAGGUCAUCGCCGAGCGCGUGCUGGAGGACGCGCAGGCCGCCGACAUCUUCCGCGCGCGCAUCGCCGAGGCGCACCGCCCGCGCGACCCCGCCUACCUGCAGCCCGAGCUGAUGCUGAAGGAGAUGAGCCAGGUCAUCGCCGAGCGCGUGCUGGAGGACGCGCAGGCCGCCGACAUCUUCCGCGCGCGCAUCGCCGAGGCGCACCGCCCGCGCGACCCCGCCUACCUGCAGCCCGAGUUAAUGCUGAAGGAGAUGAGCCAGGUCAUCGCCGAGCGCGUGCUGGAGGACGCGCAGGCCGCCGACAUCUUCCGCGCGCGCAUCGCCGAGGCGCACCGCCCGCGCGACCCCCGCCUACCUGCAGCCCGAGUGUUGUUACAUCAUCCGGAGCAUGGGCGAGGCGUGCGAGGUGCACGUGUCGGCGGCGGGCGCGGCGCCGCUCACGCUGCACGCCUGCCUCGCGCACUACACGCGCGCCGAGCACCUGGCGCAGGAGGACGCCUGGAGGUGAGUCUCCGCAGUACAGCGACACUUGAAUGUUGUUACAUCAUCCGGAGCAUGGGCGAGGCGUGCGAGGUGCACGUGUCGGCGGCGGGCGCGGCGGGCGCGGCGCCGCUCACGCUGCACGCCUGCCUCGCGCACUACACGCGCGCCGAGCACCUGGCGCAGGAGGACGCCUGGAGGUGCCCGCAAUGUCAACGAUAUAUGCCUGUUGUGAAAACUUUAGGACUGUGGUCUCUACCUGACAUCCUUGUUAUUCAUUUGAAGAGGUUUCGACAGCAAGCAAAAGGACGCACAAGUACAAAAUUAACGACAAUGGUCGAGUUCCCGCUGAACGACUUUGACAUGACGCCCCAUCUUGUCAGACGGAAUUCAACUGGCGCUGAAUCGCCGAGCCACUCGCGGUCUCCCCGGCGAAGGCAUUCGAAAACGCCCGCCGGCGGCCCCAACGAGAACAUGUAUGAUUUGUACGCUAUCUGCUACCACCACGGCGACGAUUUAGAAACCGGUCACUACACAGCAGCUUGCAAGAAUCCCUACGACGGCCACUGGUACAAAUUCGACGAUUCUAGAGUUACGGCCGUCGAGGACGAGGAUGCUUACAGCGAACUCGUCAAUAACACCGCUUACAUGUUGUUCUAUAGGCGCAAGAGGCCGAACGUGACACACUCGUGUUCCGCGGACGAUCACAACGGACAUUGGGCGUUGCGCAUGCCCAAGUAUGUGCGGCAGAAGCCCGAAGUACUCACAGAGGUCAAAGAGGAGAACGCCGACGAUCCGAAAAUCGAGGUGCAGAACAACGAAGCGGAGUCCGAAUCGGACGUGACAGCGCCAACGAACAGUCCGCUAUCGAGGAGCGUCGAGAGCCUUCCCGACGACAGCAUGGCUGAACCGCCGCCCCCAGUGAUUCAAACGACGACGGUGGUUCACAACGCGUCUAUAAUCCAAUCUCCGACGCUCCAACGACCUUUGAUUGUCGAGGUGAACGGCAACAGAACGAACGACGAUCCGAAUGAGAACGAUUCGAGUGCGUCCACCGAGCCGUAUAUCCAUAAGGAUGUGCACGUGAACCCUAAGAUGACUCCCGUGGACACUAGGCGGCCGCGGUCGGUGGACUACCCGGCGCGGGGCAGCGCCGCGCCUUCCCGGGACGCCAACCGCAACUACGAAAGUUCCCCGCUUGUAGCGAGCAUCAACGGCGUCGAGUACCACCCCACCACCGAAGAGCUGAUGCUGUCGAUGUUCCAAGAGUCCAAGUACAUCGUCCCGAGGCACGGGAAUCACAUAACAGGGGAAUCUCAUAGAACUGGUGAGAAAUCAUCAGUUUGGAAAACUCGAAUAUCAACAUGAGAGCAGCUAAUUUACGAAAGAAGUACGCAAUUAAGUUCUUUUAUAAUUUUAUAUCCCAAUGUAGAUCUGGUUGCUUGUAAUUGACGCGAAUUCGUCUACAAGACGAGAUACAGUGAUUUGCGUUUGCAGUAGUCCCGGUUAGUUUACGAGAGAACGAUCAGAGGCUUCUAGUAUAUGACUUAUUUAUUGCAGGUUAUUUUAUUCUUUUACUGGUUGAUUAUAAUAGUUUAUUGAAAUAAUUAAAGAGAUUCAAGCAAACAGGAAAGAUCUUAAAUUGUCUUGAUGAUUUUAAAAGUCACCUAGACGAAGAUAUUCUCGAAGCUCUUUUCGUAUUUCAUUUAUUCAUUGUUGAAUUGUGGUUGAGUUACUUAUAAUAUACUAUGUUUUAUGUAAUCUUAAUUUUCCUUACAUUUAUUUACUUACCAAAGAUUGGCUACAGAUACUCAAAUUGAGGAAGGCAGCUGACAUAAAUUAAGUAGUUCUUCAUUCUUAAUAGAGCAUUUCUUGUAUAAAUAAGAAGGACCAAGCUUCCAUAUUAUAAUAAUUAUCGUGCAGGUUGUCUUCCUCAAAUAAAAACAUUUUUAAACUGGUAACAUUUUUCUACGUAUGGUAUAGCCCUGCUAUAGAUUCGAGGUCAGCGUAUUUUUAGGAAACUAAAAUAAAUGCCCAAUAGAUGUAAAAAACAUUUCGUUUGAUGGUGAUAGGUUUAUUUUAGGUUGCCGCCGCUGACCAACACAUAGUCAGGGUCAUAGGUAUAAUUAAUGUGUAAUAUUCUCAGUACUAAGGUUCCCAAUGAGCAUAGCUUGACCGUAUGUCAUAAUAUUGUUCUAUAUGUAUAUUGAAGAAUAUAAAUGUAACAUGAUAUAAUAAAAUGUAGAUAUUUCACACAUGUUUAAUGUAUGAUCGUAGCUAACGGGCGUAAUAAUCGAAUUUCAUAAUAAAACACAUUUGUGCCUUGGCCCUAGGGAUGUUGUGAUUUUAAAAUUAACAAAUUACAAAUUGCUGACGUUCAUCACAAUGAAGUUUAUGUCAUUGGAUUUUGAUAAUGCAUAUAAUUUAUUAUUGUGAUAUAAAUUAAUUUUAUUUGUAUUUAAUAAUCGAGUAAUAUAAAUAGGCACUACUACUGCUUACAUUAAAAUUAUAAUUUACAUCAAGGUAUUAUUUUGUGAUAUGAUUGAUUACUAUCAUGAUUUUUUGAUAAAAUAUUUUUGUUUAUAUUCGCCUUAUAUUGUUUUUAAAAUUAUUAGUUUCGGAAUAUAAAAUGAUACUCUCAUAACAAAAUUAAGUUGUAAAUAUUUUGGAAUCAUAUAAUAAUAAAUGCAAUCAAAAAUGUUGGAUACCGCGCAGCUUUAGUUUAGGGGUGACGCGUACAAAAAGUGGGACAACAUACCUAUUUUGUGAAUAAAUUUUCAAUAAAUUUACAAAAUAGGAGAAUUUAAUCUUUUCUAUACAAUAGUGUUAUGGCAACCGUUCCGCAUCAGACCCGUGCACUCUACGCGUCAAGUACGAUCGAUACCAAAUGUAAAAACUAAAAACUAAACGUAUAUGCUUGACCCGACUCGCGUCGUGCAUACGUUCCGUUGCGCUCCUGCUUUCUGUAUGUGUCUCACUAUAGGAUAUAACGAAAUUAUUUUAUUUUUCUUUUAUAAAAGACAAUUUGAUAGUGAUGUUGCAAUAGUUAGUGGCCUAAUAUAAAUUUUCAAACAAAUAAGCUUAGGCCUCUCCUCUUUCCAGUGAAUUUUUAAUAGUCAGGAUCGGUGUGAAUCCAUUGAACUUAUUGGUUAAUUUACUUUAAGUAUAUCUCUAUCAGCCUAAGCACAAAAUUGAACAUUUCAUCAUACAUUUUAUGUUUGUAAUUUAAGGGUAAAUGGAUCGCUCUCAGUUUUAAUAAACGUAUGAACGUCGCCUAGUUACCUUAAACUCAUAAAAAUAUUGUUGGUGUAGAUUAAUUAUCUCCACCGAGAAUGUAAUCGACGUUUGUACAAAAUUAUAUAACUUAUAUUUUGUUAUCUUAAUUAUUUGUAUAGUUAAAGGAAGUGACGACCUAAUGAUACAUUCUAUUCGAUCAAGAGAUGUAGGUACGCAUUGUUUCGACAGUAAUGUGACCCGUGUUUUUCGAUGUAUAUUUCUAUCAAAACAUCGUUUCAAUUAUAGAAAUAUUACAUAGGUCGUCAAUAUUUCGAAUAUUUGUAUUACGUUCGUUGUUUUAUUUUAAAGAUGUUUAUUAUAAUUUCACCACGUUAUGUUAAAAUAUAUGUGUUAUGUACACACACA